AUGGCCACCAACGCUUCCUACGCCGCCCAGCUCCUGCACCGCGGCGACGGCGAGGGCGAAUGGUGCAACCUCGGCGGUGCGUACGCCGCCGUCAAGGUACUCCGCCCGCAGGGUCACUCCAUCGUCAUGUACUCCGGCCCCGACGGCCACCCCCACCAGCGGAUCAUCUUCGCGUACCCGAUCCUCCCCGGCGACGCCUUCCAGAGGCUGGAUGGAUCCACUCUCUCCUGGAGAGAAUCUGGGUCCGGCAACGAGUUCGCGCUCUGCUUCCUCGACGAGGCCGCCUGCGCUGCGUUCUGCGGCGCCAUCUCCCCGGUCACGGCGGCGCUCGCCGCCCUGGACGGUGUCGCUGAAAGGCUCGCUGGGCUGCGCGUGGCCGAGGCGGAAGGGGCCGCCGCCGCCGGAGGGGAUAUUGCCGGCCGUCUCGCGCAGCUUAGCAUAGGCCGACGACAAUGA